UUCCAAGGCCUGACUGAGCUGCGCAUGCUGUCCAUGUACGGAAACACUCUCAGCAGUCUACCAGCAGGGCUCUUCGACGGGCUUACAAGCUUGACCAACCUCGGUAUCUCUGGCAACCAGCUCCAGACCCUGCCCGCCGGGCUCUUCAACAACCUCACCAGCCUGACGUCUCUCGAUCUCUCCUACAACAGUCUGCAGUCUCUUCCCGCCGGACUCUUCGAUCCCCUCGUGCACCUGCAGUCUCUUUCCUUGCAGCACAACAAGAUCGCAAGCCUCCCGGCAGGACUCUUCGACUCUCUCUCCCGCCUGCAGACGCUUGGGAUGACGGGGCUAUGGCGGCUUGACCUGUCGCAGAAUGAUCUGACGGAGAUACCGGGAGGAGCUUUCGACGGUCUGACGCAGAUGUACGACCUGUCUAUCAGCAGCAACAAGCUGUCUACUCUGCCGUCAGGGAUCUUCGACCAGCUUGCAAGCCUGACCUACCUUGAUCUGGAAUCGAACAUACUCGGGAACCUCGAGGCAGGGGCGUUUGAGGGGAUGACGGGGCUAUGGCAGCUUGACCUGUCGCAGAAUGAUCUGACGGAGAUACCGGGAGGAGCUUUCGACGGUCUGACGCAGAUGUACGACCUGUCUAUCAGCAGCAACAAGCUGUCUACUCUACCAGAUCAUAUCUUCGCAAACCUCUCCAGCCUCUACAAUGCUGAUCUCUCUGCCAACGCACUUGCCUCCCUCCCCGCCCGGCUCUUCGACGGCUUGACGCAGCUCAGCUACGUCGACCUCGAUGGCAACGCCUUGACGAGCUUCCCCGCUGACAGCCUCGUCGACCUCCCAGCUCUCCGCCAACUCAGCCUCGCUGACAACCGCAUCGCCUGCAUCCCUCCUACUGCCUUCGCCGCCCUGCCU